ACCAAGGAUUGCAUAAAAGCUUGUGCCCAGAAAAGCUGGAUUGGUACUGAACCGUGGAGGCUGAAGAACAUUCUGGAUGCAGAUUUAGCAGUAGCUGCCUCUUCCCUUGCUUUUCCCCCAGGAGUUUUCCAGAGCAGGCUUCCAGGGACCGAGGCAACCGGCAAUGGAAGCAGACAGCAACAGCUCUUCUGGGAGCUUCAUUCUGAUGGGCAUAUCUGACCAUCCCCAGCUGGAGACCAUCUUCUUCGUAGUCAUCCUCUCCUCCUACCUGUUGACCGUGGCCGGGAACUCAACCAUCAUCCUGCUUUCCCGCCUCGAUGCGCGGCUCCACACACCCAUGUACUUCUUCCUCAGCAACCUCUCUUCCCUGGACCUUGCCUUUACUACCAGUUCAGUCCCCCAAAUGCUGAAAAACUUAUGGGGGCCAGACAAGACGAUCAGCUAUGGUGGGUGUGUAACUCAGCUGUACGUUUUCCUUUGGCUGGGGGCUACCGAGUGCAUACUGCUCGUGGUGAUGGCCUUUGACCGCUACGUGGCAGUUUGCCGGCCCCUGCACUACAUGAGCAUCAUGAAUCCUCGGCUCUGCUGGCUGCUGGCCGCUAUCAGCUGGCUGGGCGGCCUAGGCAACUCCAUGAUCCAGUCAACAUUCACUCUGCAGCUCCCAUUUUGUGGACACCGGAAGGUGGACAACUUCUUGUGUGAGGUGCCCGCCAUGAUUAAAUUGGCCUGUGGGGACACGAGUCUCAAUGAGGCUGUGCUCAAUGGCGUCUGCACCUUCUUCACUGCCGUCCCACUGAGCAUUAUCCUGAUCUCCUACUGCUUCAUUGCUCAGGCAGUGAUGAAAAUCCGCUCCGUGGAGGGACGCCGGAAGGCCUUCAAUACAUGCCUCUCCCAUUUGGUGGUGGUGUUCCUCUUCUAUGGCUCGGCUAUCUAUGGCUAUCUGCUGCCAGCUAAGAGCAGUAAUCAGGACCAAGGAAAAUUCAUUUCUCUCUUCUACUCUGUGGUCACACCCAUGGUGAAUCCUCUCAUCUAUACUCUAAGGAACAAAGAAGUGAAGGGGGCGCUGGGAAGAUUGCUGGGGAAAGGAAGAGAAGCCAGCUGAAGAACGAGCAAUCUCCUCUUCUUCGUUGCUAACUCCCUCUUUGCCCUGGUUCCUUUCUUAUGAGGUCUAUAGUCAGCAAAGCCAAGGCAUGUUCUUGACAAUACUACACUUUCGGAAGAUGGCUAGUAUUGUUUGAGACAUUCUGUGUUUAUUUACAAGAAAUACUACCGUGAGCUACAGUCAGCAGGGCAGAUGUGUAUCGUUCAGAUCCAGAAGCUAUUGAACUAACACAGAUCUAUCUCACUGUCUCUACCUCUGGUGUCUACGUUAUUUAUUAUAGAACGUAUUUCUGCUGAAUUUUUUUACUUUCUAAAGGACAUGAAGUUUCUUGUAUAAUUUCAUGAGUUCAGGCCAUGCAUUAUUGACUGCAGAUGAAAAUGGAAUCCAUCUUUAUAUCGUAGCCAUCCAUCAUCUCGGUUCAGUUCUCUGUGUCUGCUCAAUGCGGCAGGCCAACUAGUCAUGCUUCCCACACCGUCGCUGGAUUACCCUUCUCUGUAAAUCCACAUCUAAAUUGGCCUUCUACCUAAUGUAAUAAAUAAUUAAUGAGAAAAGUUAGGCAAGACAAUUUGCCUUUCAAUGCUAGCCCCAAAUGCCUCCAUCUGGCUUUAUUUAAAUCAUUCCCGCUAACAUCCCGAGCCAUCCAUCAGGUCUGCUACCAGUCUGCGCAGUGGACUGUGGAAUAUGCUAGGAUCCCUUAAGCAAGUCAGGAGCCCCAGGGUCGUCCAUUCCCUAAGCAUGCCCUCUGCCUCAAGCUUCAGUCUUCAAGCAUCGAUGCUGCAGGAAGCCAACAACUGAUUUAGGACAAAACUGAUCUCGAGAAACUGUGUGUUGGAAUCACAGCUAUACGACUCUACCCAUUUCUAGAAUGGCUAAAAGGAAGCUCAUCUGCCAUAACAGUUCACACAUCCCUUUCCCAGGCAGAAGCCAGGCUAAUAUGGAACAAUUGUUUAGCAUCUACAUUAUCAGAAAAAAAAGAUUAAUAGGUUUCAGAGGUACUUUCAAAGGAUCUUCAGCUUUGUUUCUGAAUGUAUUCGGUAAGUGCUUAGUUAAUGAAAUUAUAAUUAUAUUGAGUGUUAUCAAUCUCCUUUUUUUGUGGUAAAAAUCUAAACUUUCCAUACAGAUCAUUUUCAUGUUUGCUGGUUUGGGUUUCUGUCCCUUCGAUAGAAUGGAACAAUGAUAGAUUUUCCCUUCUACUACUUCCCCUAAAAAAUAAUUUAAUAAUAUUAUCCUGUCCUAUAUUUGUUUCUCUACCUAAGACCAA